GGUACCCUGGCGUUUGUUUUGUUUACUGGUCAUGCCGAAUCGUGUGUUUUAACGAUUUGGAACGUUUGUAGUCUUUAUUGGAAUAUAUUAAUGUGAUUACAUACAUAAUUUGUUUUUCGAAUUAAUUUCCACAAUUAGUUAAUUGUGGUGUUUUAUUUUUGUGAAAUACUUGGACGUUCACCGACGUAAAAAUGCCGGUCACCAAAAAUAACAAAAUGAUGCAGCACAUCAAUUAUAGAGUGCGUGUCAUUUUACAAGAUUCUAGAAUGUUUAUAGGAACUUUUAAAGCUUUUGACAAGCAUAUGAACUUGAUUUUGGCGGACUGUGAAGAAUUCCGUAGACUGAAAAGUAAAGCCAAGGUUCCUACUAUACCUGCCGAACCGAGAGAAGAAAAACGUGUCCUAGGUUUUGUAUUAUUACGUGGUCAAAAUAUAGUAUCUAUAACUAUUGAAGGUCCUCCUCCUCCAGAAGAAGGUUUACCUAGAGUACCGUUACCAGGCUCAGUGGGUGGACCGGGAUCGAGUCGAGCGGCUGGACGAGGAAUGCCAUCUGUUAUACCUUCUGCAGCUACUCCUGGUUUACAAGGACCAGUAAGAGGUGUUGGUGGUCCUUCGCCAGCUGCGAUGGCCCCUACAAGAGGUGCUCCCGCUCAACCACCCAUAAGAGGCCCGCCAAUAAUGGCUCCACCACCAGGAAUGAUGGCUGGUAUGCCUCCUAUGCCUGGUAUGGGUCGUGGCGGCCCACCACCGAUGCCAACCAAUAACAUGCGUGGGCCUCCACCGAUGAUAAGAGGUCCUCCAGGCGGUCCAAGAGGUUAUUAGUGAGUGAUGCUACUUUUACCAAUUGACCUAUGUUUAUUAAUGAAUAAAUGGUUUUCAUUGCGUAAUAAUCCAAAUCUGUACUCCUACUUUGAUGAAAACAUUCAAAAAUUGUUUUCAAACGAUUAUAAGUACUUGAGUAUAUCUA